GAAAACUAGGGCACUAUUAUCUGGCCUCUUUUUCCAAGCAGAAGCAGAGAUUUGUGGACAGCGAGCUGGAGUGAAGAGAUAGCGGCUUGCCGUGUGACUUUUACAUUUCCCUUAGUGCCUGAGAAGUAGACUAAACCAAGGCGUCAAUUCAAGGGCAGAGACACAUUCGAACUUAUCUUCGGAGGCCACCAUGCUGGAGGACAAGAAGACCAAGGUGAAGAUCACCUUCCUGGUUAUCCUGGUGGGCAUCUCGUCCAUGUUGGCAGCGGUGGUGACGGACCACUGGGCGGUGCUGAGUCCCAGGGUGGAGCGGCUCAACACCACCUGCGAAGCAGCCCACUUCGGACUCUGGAGGCUGUGUAAAAAGAGUAUCUUUAUCGUUGAGGAAGACCCUCAGGGUAAAGGCUGUGGCCCUAUCAGCCUGCCAGGAGUCAAGAACUGCUCCUACUUCAAACACUUCACAUCAGGGGAAGAGGCUGAAGUUUUUGAAGUAAAGACGCAGAAAGAGUACAACAUCUCAGCUGCUGCCAUUGCCAUCUUCAGUUUGGCCUUCAUGACCCUGGGCAGUCUCUGUCUCCUGGGGGCUUUUGGGAAGGGCAGAGACUACCUGCUGAGACCAGCUGGCAUGUUCUUUGCUUUUGCAGGUCUGUGCAUCGUCAUCUCGGUGGAGAUCAUGAGGCAGUCGGUCAAACGCAUGAUUGACAGCGACGAGACCAUAUGGAUCGAGUACUACUAUUCGUGGUCCUUCGCAUGCGCCUGCGCCGCCUUCACCCUCCUCUUCCUCAGCGGCAUCAGCCUCCUCAUCAUCUCCAUGCCACACAUGCCCAGAAACCCCUGGGAGACCUGCAUGGACGCCGACCCAGAGCCCAUAGACUAGUGUAGCGUCGACCACAGAGUACGAGCGCAACGCAACUGACACAGGAGUCACACUAGCAGAGUGAAUGAUCAUGAUGCAUUGCAUUUGUAGAUGAUGAUAGUGAUGCAUUGAUAUUUUUAACUAAGCAUUGACAGAGACGUUGAAUUAUUUAAAGGGAUAGAUUAUCCAAAACUUUUUUUCUAUUUGUAUUGAUUCUUUGAAAUUGUGUUCAGCAGAAGAAAGUCAGUCAUACAGGUUUAAAGUAAAUGAUUACAUUUUUGGUUAAACUAUCCCAUUAAGGUCUAUAUGAAAUAUCUAACAUGAAUUUUAUAUGUUUUAUGGUAUAUGAAAACAUUUUUAUGUGCAUUCAUGCUUAUAUGCAAUAGAUGACAGCUUAGAAUGUAUAUUUUAGGGCUUUUACGUUUAUAACGUAAAGUUUACGAUCUGUUAUUUCUGAAACAGUGCCAAUGAAUGUGAUGGAUGAUCAUAAAAGUAUAAACAACCAAUAUUUGUUAUACAACCAGUUUCAGCAAAUACAGACUGCAUUUUAAAGUGAGAUGAAUCUAAUAACUUUAAUAGUACAGGUUUAUACUUCCCAGGUAAUUUAAGCUGUUAUAUUCUUUACACAUCUCACACUCGGACUUCCUGCUUUUUAGUGACUGAAUCGUAAAGAAAGACUGUUAAAACCCCAAAAACAUUUUCGGUGUUGAUGUAGUUAUGGCAGGGCAUAUUGAAGUUCUCCUUUUUCUAAUAGUAAAUAGCUACUACUUCCUGUCGCUGUUUUGAGGCUGUUGCUUAAUUUAAAGGGAAGGACAUUCUUGUUCUCAUUUGAUUGUAUGUUUGGCCCAUUUUCAAAGAAGAAAAGGAUUUAAAAUGUGUAUAUAAAAUGAGUAUACGCGUAUAAAAAGAGUUCAAACUAAAACACUGACUGAAAUCCACAAAACAUUCAUACAUAUAUUCAUAAACAUGCAUAUUCAAUGAGCUUAUUCUGUUAUGCAUACAGCUUUAUUAUUCUGCAUUGUACUCCACUAUAUUGGACUUGUAGAAACACAGUAAACCAGGUUUUUAAAUUGUACACUGCCACCUGACAAAUGAAGAUUUGAAGGGAUAGUUCACCCAAAAAUUCUGUCAUUAAUUACUCACCCUCAUGUCAAUCCAAACCCGAUAAGUUCAUCUUCGGAACACAAAUCCUAUGCAUAUGACCCUGCAUAGACAGCAACACAACUAACACGUUCAAGGCCCAAAAAGGCAGUAAAGAC